UCCCGGCGUCGCUCUGUGCAAUGCAAACCUGUCAUCUCCACCGCGACAGCGUCGCCUCGUUCUCACACAACGCCCCGGCGCACUCGGCCUGCCCCUCGGUGCACGCCGCACCACCUGCAGCAGCAGCAGCGAUGGCCCCUCCCGAUGUCGAGCAGCAGCAGCAGCAGGCGCGGGCGGCGGCGGGCGGCCGCAAGGUGGUGGACGAGGUGUCCGGCUGGCUGCGCGUGCUGGACGACGGCAGCGUCGACCGCACGUGGACCGGCCCGCCGGAGGCGCUCCCGCUGAUGCAGCCCGUGGCGCCGUACGCCGAGCCCCGCGACGGGCACACGCUGCACGACCUCCCCGGGGAGCCCAACCUGCGCGUGUACCUCCCCGAGGUGGCGGCGGGGGGCGAGGGCGGCGCGCGCCUGCCCGUCAUCCUGCAGCUCCACGGCGGCGGCUUCUGCAUCUCCCACCCCUCAUGGCUCAUGUACCACCAUUUCUACGCGCGCCUCGCGUGCGCCGUCCCCGCCGUGGUGGUCGCCGUCGAGCUCCCGCUCGCGCCAGAGCAGCGCCUGCCCGCGCACAUCGACACGGGCGUCGCCGCGCUCCGCCGGCUCCGCUCGAUCGCGCUGUCCGAGGACGGCGGCGGCCCGGCGGCCGCGCUCCUCCGCGGGGCCGCCGACGUGUCCCGGGUGUUCCUCAUCGGGGACAGCUCCGGCGGCAACCUCGUCCACCUCGUGGCCGCCCAGGCGGGGCAGGGCGACGCUAGCCAGUGGGCGCCCCUCCGCGUGGCCGGCGGCAUCCCGAUCCACCCGGGGUUCGUGCGCGCGGCGCGGAGCCGGUCGGAGCUGGAGACGAAGGCGGCCUCGGUGUUCUUCACGCUGGACAUGCUGGACAAGUUCCUGGCGUACGCGCUGCCGGAGGGCGCGACCAAGGACCACCCGUUCACGUGCCCCAUGGGCCCGCUGGCGCCGCCGCUGGCGUCCGUGCCGCUGCCGCCGAUGCUGGUGUCCGUGGCCGAGGACGACCUUAUCCGCGACACCAACCUCGAGUACUGCGACGCGCUGCGCGCCGCCGGCAAGGAGGUGGAGGUGCUGGUCAACCGCGGCAUGAGCCACUCCUUCUACCUCAACAAGUACGCCGUCGACAUGGACCCCGCCACCGGGGAGCGGGCGCGGGAGCUCAUCGACGCCAUCAAGAGCUUCAUCUCCCGCCACUGAAAAGUGCAAGGACAGGGGGCUAUGUCCCCGCACGUGCCGGAAUUGAUCAUCUAGUUGUGAAGUUCUUUUCAUCCCGCAUCUCAGGUCGACCUAGCACGUGUUAGUGUUCCGCCCAGACACACGUGGUGUUGCUUUCAUUUGGCUUGACUUUGUCCCUACUAUAAAUAAAUAUUCGUAUCCGUCAAUCAGUCCA